CCAUUGGUCGUUCUAGAGGCUAAGACCGGAUGUUACAAUAUUAGCCUAAGUGCCGAGAGAAAAAACGUCUUAAUGUUGGUAUAAAACAAGCCUGUGAUAAUAAAUUACUCAAUGGUCUUGAUAAAGAUGGCGCUGCUGCACGUUUGUUAUGAACCACUGAUUAUUUCUGGCCGAAAUUUGCAUUACAGAAUGUAAUUAGCCUCCAUUAGCAACAUGAAUGGACUGGUAGCUAAAGCAGCUAACAGCAGAGAUUUACAUCAGUGUUUCCGACAUUAUGGAUUUUAAAAGUUCAGACUUUAACGCUUAAGGAUGAUUCCUCAGUCCCAGAUGUGAGACGGUGACUGGCUUGUUAUCCAGCUGAGGACCGAGAGACUGGGGACAGUUGCAGAGAGGACACAGAGCUGCUGACCAAGUUUCACGAUCCAUGGCUGAAACCUUGAUCUGCUCGAACAUGUAAAGGGUUCAAACCAGGAUUGUGAAAAACAGAAUCGCUGGUGAAUCUAGGAUGUCUGAGAUGAUGAAGGUUGCAGCAGAGGAGCCUGGAGGACUCAGGUUUGGUGCCACUUAUACCUGCAGCAUCCUUAUCAGACCUGGAGCAGCAACAAGACAACAAAGAUCUCAACUACCGGGUGUUGGUGAUUAAAGAGGAGGUUCUCCCUGACUGGAGCUCCAGUUUGGACCAGCAGGACCCAGAGCCCUCCCACAUAAAGGAGGAAGAGGAGGAACAGUGGAUCAGUCCGGAGGAAGAGCAGCUUGCUGUGAAGAGGGAAGAUGAAGAGAAACCUGAACUAGCAGAGCAUCAUAAAAUCAAAAGUGAAGAGAAAGAGACAGAAGCUUCAAGCAGCAGCUCAACUGAACAGAUAGAAAUAGAACUAGAUGGAGAGGACUCUGUAGGACCAGAAUCACACAGGAACCCGGAUCCAGCAAGUUCUUCUCAAGAGAGCAAGAUGGCGGUUCACAGGAGAGGUAAAAGUUCUAAACUGCGCUCAAAGCUUACGCCUCAGAUUGGAGAGAAACCAUUUGCCUGCAAUAUCUGUGGUGAACGAUUUAAAAAGAAGUCUCAUGUUAAAUUACACAUGAUGACACACAUGGGAAAUGAAGAACACGGCUGUGAUCUUUGUGGGAAGGUAUUUAAAAAAAAGAGUUACCUUCAGAUACACAUGAGAGUCCACACAGGUGAGAGACCAUUUGCCUGUGACGAUUGUGGUAGAAGGUUUCAUAGAAAGACCAUUCUUAAAAACCACCUGGCAGUCCAUUCAGGAGAAAAACCUUUUUCCUGUGACGUUUGUGGUACAAGAUUUAAAAGAGAGAAAUCUCUUAAAAACCACACAUGGUUGAUCCACACGGCAAAGAAGCCAUUUUCUUGUACUAUUUGUAGUAAAAGAUUUUCACAACAAGAACAUCUAAAAAGUCACAUGGGUGUUCAUACGGGAGAGAAACAGUUUGUGUGCGGGUUUUGUAGUAAAGGUUUUUCCCUGAAAUCAAAUCUAAAGACCCACAUGCGUGUUCACACAGGAGAGAAACCUUUUAUCUGUAAUAUUUGUAGUAAGGAGUUUUCGCGACAAGAUCAUCUAAAGAGUCACAUUCGCGUUCACACAGGAGAGAAACAAUUUAUAUGUGGGGUUUGCAAUAAGGAAUUUGCGCUAAAACAGAAUCUAAAGACUCAUAUGCGCGUUCACUCAGGGGAGAAACCAUUUAUUUGUAGCAUUUGUAGUAAAGGAUUUUCACAACAAAAUCGUCUCAAAAGUCAUAUGAGUGUUCACACAGGAGAGAAACCGUUUGUUUGUAGUGUUUGUAAUAAAGAAUUUUCACAGCAGCGGAAUCUAAAGAUUCACAUGCACAUUCACACAGGAGAGCAACCGUUUCUUUGUAGCGUCUGCGGUAAAGGAUUUUCACUGCAAAGGAAUCUAAAGAUUCACAUUCGCGUUCACACUGGAGAGAAACCAUUUGUCUGUAGUUUUUGCAGUAAAGGCUUUUCACGACAAGAUUAUUUAAAGAGUCACAUGCGUGUUCACACUGGAGAGAAACCAUUUGUUUGUGUUGUUUGUAAUAAAGGAUUUACACAACAACAAAAUCUGAAAAGGCACAUGGAAGCUCACACUGCGUGAUUUACCUGUAGUGAUCAUAGUGAACGUUUGGUCGGGGAAAUUGAGAUAAAUCUACUUGUGACACUUCUCCCAGUGGAGCAGCUAUGUGUUUGUAAUGUUCGUAAAUACAGAUUAAAUCAACAGACAGAUCUUGUAAAUCAUGAGACUUCAUUAAUGUAUAAAGCAUUUGUAGUCUUUACAAUGAUGAUAUUUCACAACCUGUGAAUCUAAAGAGAUUCAUGGGUAGCAUUGGUUGAUAUAGCAAAAAAAUAAAUAAAUAAAAAUAUCAAUUUCAUUCUUACUUUAAGAUCAUGAUCAUGACAUCAUCACAGUUUGCCCAUAGGCCAAUGGGAAUUUCUAAGCACAUUUUAAUAGGCUUGCAUAAUUUUGCACAGCUGAGAUUAAGUAAAAAUAUAUAUAUAUAUUACGGAUGCACCUAUAUAAAAUUGUUGGGUCACUUUCAAUGUCCAAGACUGAUAUUACUGUUAAGGGAAUAUCAGGGUCCUUCCGUAGUGCAGCUUCAAGGGGGCUGUUUGUCAGGCUAAUAACAGCUAGCACUAGCUUUAAUGUUGUCUGGGAGGUUUAUAGUUGCGCUGAUGUACAUUCAAGAGCUCUAUAUAGUCAUAUAUUAUUAUGAGAAUAUAGCUGCAAAAUCGUAAAGUUGUUCAGCAAAUCAGCACAAAAUUAUUAUUAGUGCCUGGACUUUAAACCAAUUAUGCAAAUGAUUGUGAAACUUUACUCUCUUAAUUUUAGGACUUUGUUCUUGUAUAUGACUUUAUUCUCAUAAUGUUCUUUGUUCUUCUACAUCUUCAUUAUUAAGUCUUUAUUCUUGUAAUUUCCAAAAAAUAAACAUUUGUAUUACGGUCUUUGUAUAUUAAAUAAGUACAUUUCACCUAUAAAAUUCAGAAAUUUUGAGAUUGGUUUAACAUAUUUACAAGAAAAACCUUGGAUGUUUUCUGAUGUCAAAAUGUUGUACAUUUUCGAGAAAAUAUCUUUAUCCAUCAUUAAAGGAAAUUUGCUAUAUUUAAACAAGACAUUGUAACAACAAGACAUUGUAAUAUCAGAAAAUUUGGAUCAUCAUUUGGAUCAUCUCACAACCCCCACAUAGGGUCAGACGCUGGAGAACAAAUACCACAUGGCCAUCCAACCCCUCUGGAAACACACACACAAACAUCAAUAAGAUGGGAAUAAAUAUCAGUUAUUAUUGUUGGCCCAGUUUUACUUAUAGGACCUAUACCAAUAUGUUAAAAAUUACAGCAAUGUCAAUGCUUAUAUAUCCUGAAUUCCUAAUAAAUAUUAUAGAUUUUGAGUAUAUUCUAUCUCAGACUGAUUUACCUAAGGGGUUUUUCAAGAUUCUCAAAAUUUUCAAAAGGUUACUAAACAUAAACUUUUUUGGCCACCCUCUUGACUCUGAUGAUUCCUUGGAGCAGGUACUUUUGCAGGCGACUCAAUCUUUCAUCACUGUCUUGCCUUCUCUUUCAGAAUCUCUUCUGUAUUGCUUUAUAUCUGAGACGAGUUACUGUGUUUUGACCUGAACAAAAAAAAGCACCCAAAUAUGCUUUUAAAGUUUAGACCUCCUUUCCCAAUGUUAAGGCUCUUAUUCAAGUUGGAAAAAAAGCUAAAUAAUGUAGCAUUAGCCAUUAGGCAGCAAGAGAAAUGGGUGUCAACUCUCAGUUUGUAAUAAACCUUCUGCAUUUUAUCAUUGUAUAGCAAUAUGACAAACAUUUUGGAGCUACUUUAUACAUUUGUAAUUAAAAGAUUAAGUGUUUGGUCUAGUAAAUGUUUUACUUUAAACGCUGUUAUCUAUGAGUGCCUGUUGGCUGGUCAUCAGUUUCCUGGAUCUAACAAUGAGUUACUUGUGCAGGUAAAAACUGAGCGUCUCCUGAGUGUUCUUGUCCAACAUAUUAGAGUGAAAAGUAACAGCUCUCUGAUCACAUAUGUUUAACUUCAGUAAAGUUAUAAGUAUUAUUGUUUAGAAAGUAAUACAGAGUUUGUUUACUUAUGAGUUAUGGAAAAUUAAAUGUCUGUGCUUACGGAUUUGCAGUCUGGAUUCUUCAUCUAACCUCAGGUGCUUAAAAUUAAAGGAAAUGGAUGCUUCUUGAAUAAACUUUUCAUAUUGUUGCAUCCUUACCUAUAAAGUUUUCCCUGAUGCCUCUUUUUGCAUAUGACAGCAACAAAUUAAACAAUGACGUGUGAA